UUUACUUCUUUUUACAGAUGGGCUUGUUAAUCACCCUGCUCAACUGUGAUACCCAAGAAAAGCUGAGUGGGUAAAGUUAUAUGCAGCCUCCCUGUGACCUGUUUGUACAUACCAGGUCAAUAAAACUCAGGCAGAAUGACAGCAACAGCUGCCUUGUGGCAUUCAGAGGGAACCAGCAGUUAGUUCUGUUCAGCAGCUUCAGCGACAAGUAUAUAAUUACAGUCCCCGGCUGCUCAGAGAGAAGCCACCUAAGCCCAUCCUCCGGGACAAGCACAGCUUCUGGAGCCACCCAGGAACCCGUCCUGGACACCGGCAGGGCCUGGCUGACACUCUCACACCAGCACUCUCCACCUGGGGUCUCCUGGCCACAGGUCAGCUCCGUCUACGUGUGCUCCCUGCCUACAACAGGCUGGGCUGUUUGUUAGCAGCUGGGCAGGACACACUCACACCCUCGGAGGUGGCCGAGGAGAGGGAGUGGAAGGGAAGGCUCCAUGGGGGCCAGGCAGUCACGGGCCAGCUCCAAGGACAAGGGUGCCAAGAGGAUGCUGCUGCUGGGGAGGAGACAGAAGUUUUCUCCAUGGGACGACUCCCUGCUCUCGGGAAAGGACCCACGGUCUCUGCUGAAGCGGGGCAUGCGCUACGUCAGCUUCAGCCUGGUCACCAAAGGAAUGACAGACAUCCCCGACUUUCUGUGGGGCUUGUCCGAGGUCCAGAAACUCAAUCUGUCUCACAAUCAGCUCCGAGUCCUUCCUCCCGAGGUGGGGAAACUGACACGGAUCGUGGUCCUAAACUUGUGCGGGAACCACCUGAAGAGCCUGCCCAGAGAAGUGAGCCUCCUCCAGGGCCUCAAGGUCCUGUUUGUCAACAUGAACCGCCUGACCGAGCUGCCGGCCGAGCUGAGCUUGUGCAGAAACCUGGAGGUCCUGAGCGUGUCCCACAACUGCCUGUCCCAACUUCCCGCCAGCUUCGCCGACCUCUCCAGGCUGAGGAAGCUGAACCUGAGCAGCAACCACUUUGCUCACAUCCCCGUCUGCGUGUUCUCCCUGAAGGGGCUGGAUUUCUUGCAUGUGGGCUCCAACCGCCUGGAAAACAUCGCCGAGAGCAUCCAGUGCCUGCCCGGCCUGCAGAUCUUCAUCGCGGAGGGCAACAACAUCCACUCCUUCCCCAGGUCGCUGUGCCUGGUCACGAGCCUGGAGCUGCUGAACCUCAACAACAACGACAUCCAGACGCUCCCGGACGAGCUCUACCUGCUCUGCAGGCUGGGGAGGAUCGCCUGGAACCCCAUGGACAAAGGGCUGCACAUUUCCCACAACCCUCUGUCCAAGCCCCUGCCCGAGCUGGUGGAGGGGGGCCUGGACAUGCUCUUCAGCUACCUGAAGGACAAAAAGCACCACUGACCCGGGGACCGGAGGCACAGACAGGACCAGCUCUGUCCCUGGGGUUCUUCUCCUCUAAACUUCCUGCUCUUGCCAUUGGCUCUGUCAGUGCUGUGUUAAUAUUUGCUGAAUUGCUGUUGCACAUUCAUCCUGGACAGGUGUUUGCUUUUCACUUUGUAUGUUCCCGGUAACCUCCGGCAUAAUUUGUUCAUCUCGUUCUGUACAUCAGUUGAAAAGGCAUUUGCUUUUCUCCAAAGAGAACCAAUUGUGUGAACUCCUGAGAAUCAGUGAGACCCAGCUCUUGGAACAGUGGACAGCAGGUCUGAAUUCAAUAUAAUUCAAAAGUCUGAUAUUUUCUGUGUAUGUACUAUGGGCCACAUAGGGUAUGAGGCAUUGAAAUCACUGUUUCAGAUGGUUUCCUCCCUCGAAUUGGUAACCUGUGGCCACGUGGCAGCCGCAAGAUGUGUUCCUCAAUCAAGCGUUACUUGGGACCAAAGGGCAAGCUGGGCUGUGCUCUGUUGCCAGUGACCAAGACAGGCAGGACUUUUCCUGAGGUCUGGGGGAGGGAUCCUAGGAAUCUUUUCUUUUAAAUGUCUGUAGAGUAACACGCCGCUCACAUUUGUGUCUGGUGGUGAGUAACAGAGGGAACAUGAUGGCUCUCGGGUAAUAAACAUGAACUA